CCUUUUUUAAACUUGCAUUGAAUAGCAUGGAUGAUAUUUUUUUUACAGAGAAGCUGACAGAGCAAGGCAGGAGGAAUAUAGACGUGAAAUGAAUGAAAUAAAAGAAAGAGUUGACAAGAGGCCAUUUUUGUUUGAAAGAACAACACAGGUAAAUGCCAGAAAAGCGGCUGAGAGGAAGUAUCAUGAUACACUAAGACGUGCAGGAAUCGAUGAAGAAUUUAUUGCUGAUAAAGGUUCUCACGCUAGGGGAUACAGAUAUGAGGAUGAUGAUGACGAUGAUGAUGAUGCCAGUGACCUGGGCUCCUACAGGGCCACUGUCAAACAAGGUUAUGAGGAUGAUGGGCUGUCCGAUGGGGAUCGCACACCAGAGGAACAGUCAGACUUGGAAUAAUUUCACUGUAUUUAAUUGGACUUGAUCAAAUCUGGUAGACUCAAGAAUCAGGGAUUGGCUAGAGUAUUUUAUAUGUAGUACAUUUUAUAAUAUGCAUUGAUCAUACAAAAAAACUUUCAUACAUGUAAUCUACAAAAACAACAGCUAAAGAAUUUUGAGCUGAAAAAUAUUGACAAUUCCAAGUUUUGGACAUUGUGUUUCCUGUUUCUGAGGUAGCAAAAUUAACAGUUCAAAGGAGCAUUGCAUUAUUGAUUGUUAAACAUUAACACUUAAGGGUGCAUAUUGAGACAGUUUCCUGUGAAUAUUAACCCCUGCCCGGACCCACCAACCUUUAUCAUCCUUUCCUGACACUUGCCAUAGCUCUUUGACAAACUGGGGAAAUUAAAAAGUCCUUACUCACACUUAAAUGAUAGUUUUCUGAAUUCUGUCAUCUCUUCAAGGUUCUGUGCAAUUCGGAAAUGUGUCAAGAUGGUUGAUGGGCUGUGAGGUUCAACCUGGAGAGGAGGAUUUUAAUUAUUUUUGCAACUAUUAAUUUAUGGCAAUAAUCAUGUUAAAAUAUGAUCAAAAAGUAUAUCUUGUCCACAGAUAAGCUCUACAAGAAGUGUUAUUUGUACAUAAUGAGUAUUUAAAACCCUGCACUUUUUCACUUUCACAAGAUGUAUAGGAAAGUUGCAUAAAAAAACCAAAGUGAAAAAAAAAAGGAUAUAUUAGUAAGUGGUAUCUAUCAAGGCUUUUCUGUAGUUUUGUAAAAUGUGCUUUGUUGUAUGAUGUUCACUUUAAUGGUCAGUAUGUAUUUAAUUACCAAUUAAAACUACUUUGUGAAGAA